GUCUAGUCUACAAGUUAAGCCAUCUAGUCGAACCAAGAAGCAGUUGGGGGGUUCUGCUGGUGGAAAGAAGGAUUGGCUGCUUCUUUAGCUGAGUUGACAAAAAGAUCACCAUACUUUCAACAAAUUGAACAAGAUGCUCAAAAGCAUGAGAAAACCAUCCUGGAACUGAAAGUAGCCAUCAAUUCUUUGCAAACAAAGGACAUGUUUAAGCUGAUUAAGUUCCGACAAGAUGCAGAAGCCUUUCUUGAAGUCCUAACUGAUGAAAGUCAGGUUCUAGCAAAGUUUGAAGAUUUCCCUACAAAGAAAUUGGAAACAAUAAGGACAGCUGCAGCAUUAUACUCAAAAUCAAACCUGAUAGUUUCAAACUUGAAGAAAUGGGAUCUAACACCACCUGCAGGACAACUGUUGCACAAAUUCGAUUGCUAUUUCACCAAGGUUAAAGAAGAAUUAGAUGCAUUUGACAGGAUCAAGGAUGAGGAAUCCAGGAAAUUCAAGAGCCAUGGUAUUGAUUUCGACUUCAAUAUCUUUACAAUGAUCAAAGAACUGAUGGUGGAUGUUUCCUCCAGUUGCAUGGAGCUUGCACUUAAGGAAUGGAGGGAAACAAAGGGUGCCGCGGCGGAUAAAAACAAUGGAUUCAAGAUUGAUGUACAAACAAAAGGAAAUGGUAUUAAAUUGCUUUGGAAAGCUUUUCAAUUGGCAUUCAGGGUAUAUUCUUUUGCUGGUGGAAACGAUGAUCGUGCUGACAAGUUAGCCAAAGAAUUGGCUGAUGAAAUUUUGUGUGAUUCUUCGAAUGAGACCAACCCCCCUCCCCCAAAACCAAUAAUCUAAGCCUCAAUUUUGAUAAUUAUGUGCUUAUAGCUUCAUCACAUUGGCCUUUCUUGAAAAUAUUGAAUCAUUAAAUUUUCAUAAAGAAAAAAAAUGUUAUGCUCUGAUCUAUGAAAUGAAAACUCAUUUUAUUUUAAAAUUUUAAUAUGAAUAAUCUUACACAUUAGCAUUUAACUCAAUAAUAAAUGCAUAUAUGUUAAAAAAUUAAGUUAAAUUAUAAUCUCCUUCU